UCACACGCUUUCAGCGUCAUCUCCCGUUGGACUUGCGUGUCAACAUGGCGGCUUCCAUGGCAUCCCAGGCUGUAGCGAAAGGACUGAGGAUAGCUACUUCAAAGCACAUACUUCUUGAUAAAGCGAAGUGCACCUGGUUGAGUCCGAGGAGAUGGCUGAAUCUACAGGAGUACCAGAGCAAGAAGCUGAUGCAAGAGAGUGGUGUAGCUGUCCAGCGCUUCUAUGUGGCUAACACAGCUUCUGAGGCACUGGAGGCUGCAAAGAGACUCAAUGCCAAAGAGAUCGUGCUGAAAGCUCAGAUUCUGGCCGGGGGCAGAGGCAAGGGUGUGUUCGACAGCGGCCUUAAAGGUGGAGUGCACUUAACGAAGGACCCUGCUGUCGUUGGUGAGCUGGCCAAUAAGAUGCUGGGGUUCAACCUGACUACUAAGCAGACACCAAAAGAGGGAGUGAAAGUGAAAACGGUGAUGGUUGCUGAGGCCCUGGAUAUUACCAGGGAGACAUAUUUUGCCAUCCUAAUGGACCGCUCCUUCAAUGGUCCUGUCAUGGUAGGAAGCCCCCAGGGAGGUAUGGAUAUCGAGGAGGUGGCCGCCAACACCCCAGAACUCAUCUUUAAGGAAGCCAUAGAUAUCUUUGAAGGUGUGAGAGACGACCAGGCACUUCGCAUGGCAGCUAAUUUGGGUUUCAAAGGAGCUCUGCAGAGACAGGCAGCAGAUCAGAUUAAGAGGCUCUAUGAUCUGUUCCUGAAAGUCGACGCCACUCAAGUUGAAGUCAAUCCUCUCGGAGAGACUCCCGAAGGACAAGUGGUUUGCUUUGAUGCUAAGAUCAACUUUGAUGACAACGCUGAGUUCCGUCAGAAAAACGUGUUUGCCAUGGAUGACAUGACGGAGGCCGACCCCACGGAGAUGGCGGCAGCAAAGUGGGACCUUAAAUAUAUCGGACUGGAUGGGAACAUUGCCUGCUUUGUGAAUGGAGCUGGUUUGGCCAUGGCCACGUGUGACAUCAUUGACCUGCAUGGAGGAAAGCCAGCAAACUUCCUGGACCUGGGUGGUGGAGUCAAAGAGAAACAGGUGUAUGAGGCUUUUAAGCUGCUCACUGCCGAUCCAAAGGUUGAAGCCAUCCUGGUCAACAUCUUUGGGGGCAUUGUUAAUUGUGCCAUCAUUGCCAAUGGCAUCACCAAAGCUUGCCGAGAGCUGGAGCUCAAAGUGCCGCUGGUGGUCAGGCUGGAAGGGACCAAUGUCCACGAGGCUAAAAGGAUUCUGACCGAGAGCGGCCUGCCCAUCUUGGCAGCAGAUGACCUGGAUGAUGCCGCCAAGAAAGCGGUGGCAGCUAUCAAGAAAUAGAGAAUCCUGCAGGACGUCUCAUUCCAGCCUCAGCACACCACCAUCAGCCUUUUCUUCCACAUGCAGACCUCCAAAACCUUGAGUCUUUGCGAGUCUUUGCGAGUCUUUGCGUGCAUUUCUCACUUUGAUUGCCAACUGAGAUCCAGAUCACAAGCACUUACAGGAUUCUGCCAUUACACUGGUUUCCUCUCUGCAGAUCAGAUCAGCUGCAGUUUCUUUAAUCAUUAAAAUGUGCAUUAGUUAGAAAGAACCACUGACAUAUUCAUGCUAACAUAUUGACACUUUGUCCAUUCCAUUAGCUUUCUUGUCUUUAUUUUUUAGCAAAAUAUGAAGUGGGAAAGACAUUUUCCAUCUUCACAUCCAGCCCUGGCAUCCACUGAGUUGUUGCCAUGUUAUCGCACACCAUUCAUAAGCUGUGAUAUCAUUCAGUGGUACUUGCUGAAACGGAGAUGAAUGGAAGCAGUAAACACUUUCGUACUUCGUCCACGUUGGUUACCAAGCCUCGUCUGUGUUUCAAAUGAAGUAGAUGGUGUACUCACUCUGAGUUUGUGCAUCAUGUCUUCUUUAUAAAGUGCUACUAUGAGACGUCCAUUAUCUGCUCUAAUCUGUGCCUGUCCAAUGAAAGCUAAUGAGGAAUCAUAGGUGUCGAGAAAAUGAAUAAUUAAAAACAAAGAAUUGUACUUUUUUAUAAUCAUGAAUGGAUGUUGACAGGAUGUCUGAAAUACAAUGAGAAAAUGCAAUUUGUGACAUUAAACAAAAAAUGUUUUAAAAACUA